CUCAUUAGUUAAUUCAGUCUCGUUGGUUCGUUCGUUCGCUCGCUCGCUCUCUCUCUCUCCGCCCUUUCCUCAUUUUCUUUUUUCUGCAGAUUGAUGUAAAAUACAUUCACUCCUUUCAGCUUCAUCUGCUUCAAGAAAUGCGGGAACGAUGGCUUCGUUAAUUGCAGCUUCGAAUCACUUCGUUUUCUCGUUUCCUACGGUUGGGGACCGCCCGCACUUUCCCUCCCUCGCUUUUGCUUUCUUGAUUCAUCAAAGAAGACGGCGACCUGCUUCUCUUGGUCUCCUCAUCGAAAACCAGAGCGUUUCUUCUGGGGUUUCUUGUUUUGAGAGCAUGAGUUUAGCGACUCCCGUUCUUGUCUUUCGGAAGAGCUCUUGUUCUGGUUCAGUUCGGAUGUGUAAGAGUUGGGAGGGCGAAGGAGACUCUGCUCUGGAGGAUGAGAUUUUGAAUUUUAUGCAGAAAUCCGACAACCGUGACGUUUUCCCCUCCAAGAAAGAGCUGAUUGACGCCGGCAGGAUGGAUUUGGUGGAGGCCAUCGAGAAACAGGGCGGUUGGCUUACGUAUGGUUGGGAUGCCGAUGACGAGGAAGAGACAGUCCAAAGAGAUGCAUUUCUAGGUUCAAAUUUGGUUUUCGAUAAAGAACAUGAUAAUAAUUUCGUUCUUGGCGAUGAUAGACUCUGUCAACAGAGGAUUGAUAAUAUUUCUAGUGACGAGAAAAAUUCUCUGGGCGACAAUGACGUUGGGAGUUCUGAGGUUUCUUCUUCCUCUACUAGCUCUUCUUAUCCGGCUUCGUCAUCUGAUACACCAAUAAAUACGAAGGGGGGAGAGGAUGCUGGAAUUCACGGUAUAUUGAACCGAUUGGAGAAAGAGAGAAGUCUGUAUUUUGGUGUUGGUGCCGAGGAAAAAGAUGGUAGCAGUCAUUUGUGGAAGAAGGAAGAUAGAGAUGACUUUCGACGAGAAACCUCAGGAGAUAUGGGGACAAUUGCUGGCCAUGAAAGACGUAGCAGAUCAUCACUGAGAACCAGUAAAGAUUCAUUCAGUUAUGAUGGAGAUAUACAUGUUGAGAACGUAUCAUACUCAGACUUCGAUGGCAUAAGAAACUCACUUAGGCCAGAUAUGUGGAGAAGGUGGAGCAUUCGACGAGCAGGAAUUUCAGAUGAUGAAUUUGAAGCUGGUGAAAUUGUGCCGAGUGAAAGUAGAACUGAAAGGAUAACGGAUUCUAUGAACAAUGAGAUGCUUGCAAGCGAACAGGAAGGGAAUGAACAAAAUCAGAUACUUUUUCGGCUUCUGAAAAUGGAUUCAGAACUUUCUUCUAUACUCCACUUACUGAAGUCAAAUGUAGUUGUUUUUUCUAAGGACAACAAAAAUUCAUCAGAGGAUUUACAAAUGCUUUAUGAUGCUUGGGAGUUCCAAGAAACUGAAAAUAUGAAUAGCCAAGCUAAACUGCGAUCAAUUUGUGCAAAACUGACAAUAAUGGAAGGCAAGAUGGCAUUGGCAAUUACUGAAGCACAAAAGAUGGCCAAGGAGAAACAGAAGAGAAUUGAUGAUGCCCAACAUGCUUUAUGGCUUCUCCGGACUACUUGUGUUGUGUGGCCCACUUCAGCCUCAGAGGUUCUUUUAGCUGGAUCUUUUGAUGGAUGGUCUAGUCAGAGAAAGAUGAAGAGGUCAAGCAAUGGCAUAUUUUCUUUGUGCUUGAAGUUGUAUCCAGGUAGAUAUGAGAUCAAGUUUAUUGCGGAUGGAGUGUGGAUGGUUGAUCCCCUGCGACCUAUUGUACACAACAACGGCUAUGAAAAUAAUCUUCUGAUCGUUACAUAAAAAAUAAAUUCUUUUUUUUUUUUUUGUGAGUAACAGAAUUUUCUUUUUUGUAACAAUUCAUUUGAUCCCAUGAUUCUUUCUUUCUUUUUUAUCUGGCAAUGUACUUCAAGUUCAAGGUGUCUGUCUAUAAUGAUACUGGUGUCUAAAGACCUUUUUUGUUUUCUUUUGUUGAUGGAUGUCAAGCAUGCAAUUACCGAGAAUGAACAUUUACAUUGAAAAGCCUUGUGAUCUCA